CUGACGAAACAUGAACAUUGUCAUGCCGCCCUCUGCGACCCGAGGGCGAUUCAAGAGUUCGUUUGGAGCGUCACCGCGUCAACACUUACGGGGUCAAAUGUCUAGUUUUAGUUAGUUUUAGCCGGCUGCGGAUCGGCGUCUAGCAACAACGUUAAGAACAUGGCGGCGCCCGGAGUGAUAAGUGCACAGAACGUUCGGAGCAACGCGAAGCGAACUAAGGCAGAAAGAAAAGCCGAUCGCAAGUUGACAAGAUGUGCCAAGAUGCUAGAGAAGAAAACCGGCAUCACGGUGUGCGAUCACCCUACCAGGUAUCUGGUCCGGAACAACUGCGGGCUCAUGUGCGGUGGAAGCUACGAGUCCAUUCUUGACGAGCUGGGCAAGUACGGAGACAUCGAGGACAUUGUGCUCCUUCCGGGUCAGCAGUUUGCGUUCGUCGUCUUCCGAGACGUCGCGGACUGCGUCUCGGCUGCGGCGUUUUUGAGCACGAGACCAUCACGCCUUGUCGCCGACGGAUCGGUGCACCCCGCAUUCGUGGAUAAAGUGCCGGAGCACAGCAGCUGUGGGGCCCCCUUUCUGGAGCAUCCCCCGGGCCUGCGGCUGGUGCGGGAGGCCGUGGACGAAUCUGAGGAGGCAUUGCUCUGGCGUCUCGUCUCCUGGGACCGGGACUGUCGCGCUUUGAAGCAGCGCGAGGUGAGGCACUUUCGCUAUGCCUUCGACUACGAGCUGCAAGGGGUGCGCAAGGACGCCCCGCUCGCCGAGCCCAUUCCCGAGGAAUGCGCGCCUUUCCUCGGCAGGCUCGUCGCCUCGGGCCGUCUGAGCGGGCUUCCCGACCAGCUCACCGUCACGCGCUACCUGCCCGGCCAAGGGAUACCCCCGCACGUGGACAGCCACGGCUCGUUUGAGGACGGCAUCGUCUGCCAGAGCCUGGGCUCCCCCGUGGUCAUGGACUUUCGGCACCCCGACGGGGACCGUGCGGCGGUCCUCCUGCCCCCCCGCAGCGCUCUGCUGCUCCACGGGCCCAGCCGCUACAUCUGGACCCACGGGUACAUGACCUGGCACUGA